AAAGAUUAUUAGAAAAGACAAAUAUGUGCAUCUCUUUUCAUAGUCAUAGUCAGCUGAUUUCAGUCAAUGAGACACCAGUGUUUCAUUUCAGUGUUUGUCCGAUAGUCAGAAUUCUAUGUGUGUACGCAUGUGUAUAUGUAUGUCGUGUAGUGUAUCCAAAGGAAAAUAUUACGCAGCUAGAACCCCGUUACAUCCGAAUCACCGUAUUGUGUUAAGGAUCAUUGCACCAAAGUAGACACGUGUUAGAAAAAUGGAAUUCACGUGUUUUUCCUACAUUGUGCCCGAAUAACAGGCCUAAUACAAAACGUAUGAAGAAAAUUAUUUUUAAAAAUCCCAUGUCUUUUAUAGAUUAGAUUGUCAAACGUGGGUAUAAAAUGUCUUGGUUGGGUUGUAUUCCUUGGUCUCAAGGGAUCAAAAAACGAGCUUGCAGGUAUCUUUUACAACGAUAUCUGGGUCAAUUCUUGGAAGAAAAAUUGACAUUAGACCAACUCACUGUAGAUCUAUACAAUGGAACUGGUCGUGUAACCAAUGUCAGCCUUGAUGUACAGGCUCUUAAUGAAUUAGGAGAGCAACAACAUCUUCCAUUAGAAUUUGUUGAUGGUUUUGUAUCAGAAAUGUCUGUUAGUAUACCAUGGUCAGCUUUGCUCAGUGAAGCUAGUUAUGUGGAAGUAACAAGUUUGAGAUUAACAGUUCAACCUAGACAAAGAGUUAAAAGUGGAACUUCAAUGUUUGAAUCUAUGUGGAGUUCUAUGACAUCUAGCAUGCAACUUGCACAAGAAUGUUUACAAGAAGAUGCUAAAUAUGCUGGAAAUUCACAACCAUUAGAAGGAGUAGAAUUGUUUGCACAAACAAUAGAUUCAAUUUUAUGUAGAGUGAAAGUAAGAUUUAUAGAUACUGUUAUACGUUUGGAACAUGUGCCACUGGAUUCUUCGACAGGAGUUGCAAUAGAAGUGUGUAUAAAAAAUCUUGAAUAUUCAGAUGAAGCUGGAUUAGAUCCAAGCAGUACUUCAUUAGAUCCUAGUCAAUCAACAAAAGGAUAUGUUGUGUCAGCAUUCACAACAAAACGAUUUUAUUUAGAAGGAGUGACCUUCCAUACAGAUGAAUUCCCAUCUCGAGCAAGAACUUUUUCUAGAAGCAUUAUAACAUCUAGCAGAGGUUCUACGCCAGAGUCUAAAAAUUCAGAUUGUCAUUUUUCUUCUGUGCAAGUAUCUAGUACUCAAAAUAUACAAACUUCUCCAGAAGGGAAUAUUAUUAAUAAUUUAAGUGAAUCAAAUCCUAUAAUGUUUGCUAAGUUAGCAGGUAGACAAGAAAUAAGAUUGAAAUUAAAACAAGGAGAAGGUGUGUCAGGGCCAAAGGUAGAAUUAGAAAUAACCUUAGGAUCAUUCACUUCAUUUUUAAGUCCACGGCAAGUACAUGUAUUAUUGGAAUUAGGACAUGGAUUGGCAUCUCCUGAUUCAGAAGAUGUUAGUAAUGUUGCUCCAAGAACUUGUACUGAAAAGCCUAUGGCUGGUAGCGAUUUUAAUCGUGUAGAACGAGAACUUAUUCAUCAAAUACAUCCAUCUCAAGGAUUACGUUCUAUGGAUCUAAGGCAUACACAAGGUUGGUCAACAGCAUCUUUAGAUGAGUCUGAUAACAAAGAUGAAUUUUUACCAAUGCGAUUACCAGGUUCUACUUCAAUGAGUGAUUCAAUUACAAGCAAUAAUAUUAGUAUGGAUGGGAGUAUAUUAUCUAGUAGUAUUAGUUUAAAAAAUUCUGCAACGAAUUUACCAAAGCAACAAAAACACAGACAUAGUGUAGAUAAUAGCCCAUCUGCAGAAACAUCUCAUUUUCAUGUGAGAGUAUCUUCUAUAGCUAUAAUUCUAUUACAUGAAGACAUACUGACCACAUGUGUAGAAGAAGGUGGUUUAACAUCUUCUAGUAUAUAUCAAAUGAAAAAUUCGGCUGAUGAAUUUUUCAAGCAAUUAGGAAUAUUUGCAGUUGGAGGAUAUGGGAACAAAGAUUUCGAUAAAGCAUCAAAAAUACUUUUGGAUGCUUGUCAUUUAAGUCAUAUUAGAUUACUCGCUGCGCCAUUAGUAAUUGAAGGAAGAGAAAAAAAUGUUUGUUUAUUAUCUGUUGUAUCAGGAACACUCACUUUAGCUAGCUUAGAAAUUGUUGAAUGUUUAGUUGACUCAAAUAAUUCUGAAACAAAUGGUACUCCAUCAUCAGAAUUUGUAGAGUUACUUACUUUUCCAAAAGAAAAUUCAACAAAUUUUGGUUUCACUAAUAAAACGGAUUUUAAAAUGAAAUUUAAAUAUGUAGAAGAUAUUCAAAAUACAGGAUAUGCACAAUUAGUAAAAUGUGCAAAUCCAAAGACAAAAAUUGAUAUUGAAUUGGAACCUUACAAAAGUGAAGUGGAUAUAACUAUUGUAGAUAGAAUAUGUGCUCUUCUUAAUCCGCAACCUAUUUGCGUUUGUAAUCCUGUAUCUAAUAAUAAAAAUACCAAUCAACAAACUUUAUUUUAUCAAGCCAUAGAAAAUCCUACCUUAUCAGAUUUUGCUGCUGUUAUAAACAUAUCCUCAUCACAAUGUACAAUAAAAUUAAGGUUUCCAAUACCAGAUUUGAGACCGUUACACGAUAUGAAUCGGGCACCGUGGUGGAAGAGAUCUGUGAGAACAGAUUAUAUGAUUUUAAAAAUGACAGAUGCACAAAUUCAUUUUUGCCCGCAUUUAAUUUUUUCUAAGAAAAUUUUUUCCAAGAAUCAUCCGCAUUCUGUAAAAAAGCAUUUUGAAAUUCAAUUCCGAAAAUUACUAUUUUCGUAUGCAGAAACGGAAACGGAUAUACCAUUGAACAUAGGCAAAGUUACAACUCACGAAAAAGAUAAUGCAACAUGUCAACAAGAUAAUGAAGGAUUUGAUUGGGCUAGAAUAGUUAUUACAAUUUAUCCACAACGUUUGAACGAUCAACUAGAAGAUAGUUCCGAAGGAGAACCUGAUUCUAGUUUUGAUGAAACUUUAGAAAAUGCGCCUAAACAUCAGCCGUCUCCGUUCAGCUCAAAACGAAUUAUUCAUGAAUCUGAUACGCCUCAUUCCAAACCACAUUUACAGGGUGAUAAGGAUGAUUCAGAACAAAGAGAAGGCGAAGAGUUGAUUAUACCAGGAAAUCGAGAAGAAAUGUUAGAAUUUAUAGAUGAAGGCAUUCGCAGUUCUAGAAUACAAAUAGAAAUUAAUUUUCCAUGUGUUUCCGUCCAAAUACCAUCUAAACAUCUGUAUGAAUUGUUAUAUAAUAGAUUCAACACUGAUCUUUUUUUAUGGAAACCAUCAGCGCCAAGACCAAAGUAUGGUACACAUAUGGAAAAUCAUAUAGGUCUUGAUUUGGCAUCUACCUUAUUACAAGAAUCUGUUUAUCCUAGAUUUAGCACAUGUAAAAGUCGAGUUCAAUAUGAUUCUGAUUCAGACUCAGAGGAGGGUAUAUUUCAUUCUGCAGCCGAUAAAAGUUAUAGGCAACAUCAAAAUAAAGUAUCAAAGAAUGGUCAGAGCAAUUUAGCACUAUUUUUGAAUAUAGAUCAAGGCCUUCUUUGCAUGUAUACUCCUGCUCGUGAUUCUGUAAAAAAUGUUAUACCCGGACAACAAGGCGAAUUAAUAAUUCGAUUAGAUGAUGCGACUAUAUUUUCGGUAACCGCAUACAAAGGAAAUUCAAAUUUGAGUUAUGUUUGCGCUAUGAUAAAAGAAAUGUCUUUGGAUCAUUGUGGAUUAAUGACGACACCUUCACAACCACCUUCAUUGAGACCUAUUAAUAGUGACAUUCCCAAACAUUGUCAGCAUUCUAUAUAUAAAAGUGAUCUAAAUGUAAUGGGAGCAAAUAAUAAUGAUGAUAUGGUGUUACUCGCUAUUAGAAUACAAGCUGCUCAUCAAACGCACCGUAUUAAAACUUUCAGAGUGGCAGUGGGUAUAUCAAAUGCUACAUUGAGACAUAGAAUGUUUAACACUGGUACAUCAUGGUUUACACAAUUAACAGAUUGUUUGGAUGUAGCCGAUCAUCCAGUUGCUGGAUAUUCUGCGCCAGGAAUAUUAACGGAAUUACAUUUACAUCUUUGGGAUUGUGCAGUUGAUUAUAGACCAAUUCAUUUACCAUUGAGAUCGAUGGUAACUCUUGGUAAUUUUAGUGUUUCCAGUAAUAUUGCAGCACAUACAAAUACUUCGACAUUACGUUUUAUAGCAGAAGAUAUUGCCUUGUUCAUAUCUAAUAAAUUAGGAAAAAAUGUAGAUUUAAAACGGGAUUUUGUAUGUGUAAUGGAUGUAGGAUUGUUCGAAUUAUCAUUAAGAUUGAACGAUAAGAUGUGCGGCGGUGCACCUAGAGUUGAUUUAAGGGCAAGCAACAAUGUAUUGCAUGUUCGAACAUGUUCCGAUUCUGGACGUGCUCUUAUUCAGUUGUUAACAUAUUUUGCUAAUGAUGGAGAUCUUUCGUCAAACAUAGAAACUAUCGGAAACAUUACGGUACCAAGUUCUGGCGAAGAAGAAAGUCUUCUUGGCGAUGAGUGUGUUAAUACUUUGAGUAAAAGUCAAGUUGAACGUGUUAAUAAUUUAAUGAAAGAAGCAAUGGAAGAAACAGUAAAAGGAAUGUCUUCAAAUAUAGACGGCAAUACAUUAGUAACUGAAAAUCAAGUAGAAGUAUUUUUCUUUCCCGACGAAUCUCGUCCUGCUUCACAGGCAGUACCUGAAAUGUAUAAAAAUCCUGAGCAAUGUACGAAGACAGAAUGUGAUACAGAAGCUGAGGAUUCAAACGAAGAUUUUUGUAUAUUAGGAGAAGAAGCGGGUACAGGAAUUAUGCCCAGACAUGGCGUACCAGAAAUUCGUUGGCUGUGUCAAGAAUCUUUAAGGAUAAUAGAUAAUCAUUUCUCAGUUCCACUUGGCAAAACUGAUUUACUUAAAGCACCAAGACAUUUCCCUGCUCCUAUUUUAAGGUACACUCUUUGUGAAAUGACUUUGAUCUGGCAUAUGUAUGGAGGAAAAGAUUUCGAAGCACCAAUAACAUCUAAAAAACAAGUCAUUAUUAAUGACAAUACAAUUCGUCCUAACAUCGCACCUCAGGAUAAAACCAGAUCACCAUGGUGGGAUGGUGUAACUUUCAAUAAAUCUAAUUCAAAUGAAAUACAUUUUGGAAGUGCACCGAAUUCACCACGUGAAAAAUGUAAAGAAAUAACAGAUUGGCAAGUAAUGGGAGGUCCUAGCCGUCGCCAUGAUAUCUUAAUGGAGCUUCAGUUAAAUAAAGUGCGCUUUCAACACGAAGUCUAUCCAGAAAAUACAACAGAAGCAGCAAGACAAAUACUAUUAGUAAACGAAAUAGAAAUUAGAGACAGAUUAGCAUCUUCGCACAUUAACAAAUUCUUGUAUCAAUAUAGUAGUGAAGCGAGACCGAAACAGUCUCAUGCGAAUAUGUUUGCCAUGAAAGCGGUCCAUGUUAGACCAGAUCCAAGAUUAAGUGCUCAAGAAUGUUGUUUAAAACUCAGUCUACUGCCGUUACGAUUAAAUAUAGAUCAGGAUAGCCUAUUGUUUUUGAUAGAAUUCUUCAAUGAAUUGGGUAAUGGUACGAAACACGCUCAAGAGAACUGUAAUGUACCUAAUAAUCCACAAUCCUCUCCAGUAUCCAAGCAAGGAACACCAACGCAUCAUCCACCAGUUAUGAGUGUGAACGAGUCCACGCCUAAUGCAUCGAUGCCAACGAAUACAUCGCAGAAUGAUACCAUAGAUCCGAAUUUAUUAAUACUCUUGGAAGACGAAUUGAUGAUUAAGGAAAACAAUGUGAAAGCGAAACCGACGCAUGAAGUACAUGAAGAUUGUCAACCAAUAUAUUUUAGGAGUGUGAUAUUUUCUCCUGAAGUCCUUGUUAGAUUAGAUUAUCAUGGAAAACGUGUAGAUCUGACUCAUGGACCGUUAGCAGGACUUCUAAUGGGUUUAGCGCAGUUAAAUUGCUCCGAAUUAAGACUGAAAAGACUAACACAUCGACAUGGACUUCUAGGAUUUGAUAAACUAGUAACAUUUUUACUUUCCGAAUGGUUACAAGAUAUAAAGAAAAAUCAACUUCCAAGUUUACUUGGUGGUGUAGGUCCUAUGCAUUCAUUGGUUCAAUUAUUUCAAGGAAUAAGAGAUUUAUUCUGGUUACCUAUUGAACAAUAUCAAAAAGAUGGUAGAAUUAUUAGAGGACUACAACGAGGUGCAAAUAGUUUUACGACGUCUACUGCUAUGGCAGCCUUGGAACUGACUUCUCGAUUGAUACAUGCUAUACAAAGUACAGCUGAAACGGCUUAUGAUAUGGUCAGUCCUGGGCCUAGCGUAAGGCAUAAACACAAAGGACAAAAAGGACGUCGGAAAAGAUAUAGUCAACCAUUAGAUAUUCGAGAAGGAAUGGCUAAUGCAUAUAUGCUAGUAAAAGAAGGUUUAGGAGAAACAGCUAAUCAAUUGGUACGUGUAGCCAGUGAAGAACAUGAGCAAAAAGGAGUCUCUGGUGCCGUAGGAGGUGUAUUACGACAAAUACCGCCAACAGUUGUGAAGCCAAUUAUUUUAGCUACAGAAGCGACUAGUAAUGUUUUAGGUGGUAUGCAAUCACAAUUAGUACCCGAUGCCCGACGAGAGGCAGCUCAAAAAUGGCGCCAAGAUUCGACUGACACAAAUUGAAGUUAUUUCUUAAGUGAUGGUAUGGUUCGAUGUUUCAAUCGACUUUUGUAUAACACAAAUCCAUGACGUAAUUUAUGAGUGAUAAUUUAAAAAAGAAAUACGGAUGAAGUUUUUUCUUCAAGUUAGAAGAUUUAAUGAGCGAAAGAAUUGAUUCAAUAAUGAACGUGAAUGUUAAAAAAUUUUUUAGACCUAAUCGCAUAAAUUUUUUGAAAAGCUAAAAAAUCACUUUUAAAUGAUAUAAUAUAUUCGUGUAAUUAUAUGUUUCAGUUCCAUUGCUCUUGUUACAUACGAAAAAAUCGAUCCAAUUUGCUAUAUUUAUAGUUUAUAAAUAAAAUAUAUAUACCAUCGUGAACAUUGUCUUCACAGCUUGUAUGUAUUUUUGUUUAAAUAACGCGUAUGUUUUAUACCAAUGAUAUGUAUGUGACAACUUUUAUUAAUAAAAUUAUGACGCUUA